UUCGACCAUCUGUUAAUUACCGGUGAGUGCUACCGUAACCGGAGUGCCCACCGUUCCACCAUCAUUAAAGACUCCUAUUCAAACUCCUCUUCCCACCGCCACCACCGGGUCUCAUAUGACAUGCCAGCAGUUUAUUACAGCUAUUUACAUGUUCAUUGGAGUUGGAUGUUGUUGGGUGACUUGUGUGGCUGAAUUCAGGCUCAGGAUUCAGAGUGGGGUGUUCACAUAUGAUGGCAGGCUUUUGGGCAUCAAGGAAUCACUCAAAGCUGUGUCUCAGGACAUGUGUAGCUAUUCUGCUCCUCCUAGUCUUCUUUCAUAUAGCUCAAAGACAUGGCAACCAGGAGGAAAUAUAUAAGAGGGAUCUUCUAGCAUCGACAGAAAUCCCAGCAGAGUAUAUUGAUCCAACUUCCAUCGAUCUCACUCCCUUGGUCAAUACGUUAAUUCAUUCAACACAAUUAGGCUCAAGUCAGCUCUUCUCUUUGUUGAGUGUGACCUCACACAGCUCCCUGGCUCUUCACAAGCUCACUCUACUGGUCUAUAACAUUUCUAAUUUCAGAAGUAUCGCGGACAACAUGUUUCCAAGAAGGUAUUGCUAUUGUGUAACAAACGAGACAAACGACUUAACAGACUUCACUGCCAUAUUGUUGGAUGUUAUGGGAAAUUCCACAAGCUAUCUACAAGAGCUAUUCAAAUCUAGCUCCAUAUUAUCAGUGAGCCAAAAUAAUAUUUCUGACUGCAUAUACAUCUGUGUAAUGGCAGGUAAAUCAGAUAAAUACCUGUCUCAACUCUGGGAAGUUGACUCCAUCAUGCCUCUGUUCAAUCAGACCAUUACAGAAAGCGCACAUAAAGGUAACCAUUCUGUCAAUUUUGAUCCGUCCCUAACCAGUAGAGUCCACUCCACUGCACAUGUAUCUUCCACAGCCUCAGAAAUUACCUCUACAGCUCCACCGACCACAACCAGUAGAACCAGAACUACAUCCUUCUUGACCUCAACAAGAGCUCAACCCACCACAACCACACCCUCACCGACUACAAAGACCAGAACCAGAACUACAGGUCGACCGACCUCAAUAUCAGUUCCUACCACUACAAGCAGAACUACAGUCCUAAUGACCCCAACUACAGCCCUUCCGAUCACAAUCACAGCCCAACCAACCAUAACCAUAGCCCCACCGUCCACAACCACAGCCCAACAAAGUAGAUCUACAGCCCUACCAACCACAACCCAAUCAACCACAGACCGACCAACCACAUCUACAGCCCUACCAACCACAGCCCAACCAACUACAGCUUUACCAAUCCCAGCCCUACUGCCUACAACUACAGUCCUACCCACCACAACCACAGCCCAACCAACCACAACUACAGCCCUACGAAUCAUGACCACAGCCACGCCAACUGCAGCUCAACCAAUUCCAAUCUCAGUGCAACCGACCAAAGUCCCAUCAUCCACAACCACAGACCAACUGACCACAACAGCUCAACCGACUACAACCACACCACAACUGACCACAGUCCAAGUGACGACAACCACAACCCAACUGACCACAACCACAGACCAACCAACCACAGCCAUGCUGUGGCCAACCACACCCACAAUCAGAUUCCGAAUGACGACAACCCCAGUUCGACUUACUAUGACCACAACCCCAUCGACCAUAACCGCAAUCCUGAUAACCGCAACCAAAGCACAACCAACCACAGACCCACCAGCCACAGGCCAAGCUAUUACAACCACACAACUAUUUCCCACAGCCCAACAAACUACAACCACAACACAACUAACUACAACCACAGCCCCAUGGACCAUUACCAAUAUAACCACGACCGCAACCAGAGUGAUCACCAAAGCACCCAUCACAGAGAAACCAGGCUGCCCAUGGAGAAGGCCUGGCUUGACCAAAAUAGAAGAGCGGAGUGACAACUCCAUUACUAGCAGCACCACCACCACUGUGAGUGCUCACAAGCUACAGCCCUGCGUACUCGAGCUCUGCAAGUUCUUCUCCCAGUGCCUCUGCCACUCCUACAGCUACAAGACUCACAUGAAGAGGUAUUGUGCUGAUAGUCACGUGUGGUAUGAGAAACAUACCUUUGAGGUGUGUAGACGGGUCAGAAGAGUCUCUUUCUCCAGAAAUCUAAAACAGAGGUGCCUUGCAAGAAUGUGCAACAAACUCUGGCCAGAGUGGAAAAGAGACAAAGAGAGCGGGAUAUACUGAACUUGGAGAGGAGAUUACACCGGAAGAACCACUGAAGUAUGCACAUUCUGAUGUAACUUUAAGA